AUGGGUUUGCUACGCGUGGAAGAACUGGUUACUGGGAAGCGCUGUGAGGGAAAGGAGACAGGAGACCGUCGUGCUGAGGUGUAUGCCGUGGGCGAGUAUGAAUCCUCUGUCAACAAUGAGAAACAGGACGAUCUAAGGACACACAAGGAGCUGAGCGCCACAUGCAAGAGUGACAACAUCACUGAGAAUGAUCUCAACAUCACACUCAAUGUUGAUUACUCUGGGCAUCUAAAGCUGGAAACAGUGGAUGACCUCUUUAACAUCAUUAAGCUGAAAAAGAGGAGAAGAGAGAGAAAGAAGCUAGUGCAGAAGAAGGAUCCGGAACCUGAAGUCUUGCCAGAUGUUGUGGAUAAGGCUAUGUUCCUGAUGGCUGCUAUGGAAAAUAAAUUACCUGUGGUGGAGAAAUACCUUUCAGAUGGAGGAGAUCCCAAUGUCUGUGAUGAUUUUAAGCGUACUGCUUUACACAAAGCUAGCUACCGAGGUCACGUCGAGAUCAUGAAGAGGCUCAUUGAGGCUGGAGCAUCCAUCGAGAACAAAGACAAGCUGGACUCCACAGCUGUGCACUGGGCGUGUCGAGGGGGUAGUCUGCCUGCCCUGGAGCUUCUGCUAAACCAUGGAGGCAAAUUUAACACCAGGGACAAGCUGAAUAGCACACCUCUCCAUGUGGCAGUGAGGACUGGUCACUACGAAUGUGCAGAAUAUCUCAUUCACUGUGGAGCAGACAUUAACGCUAAAGACAGGGACGGAGACACACCUAUGCAUGAUGCAGUGAGGAUAAACAGAUUCAAAAUGAUUAAACUCUUGCUUCUUUAUGGGGCUAAUCUGAAGACAAAGAACAAUGACGGAAAGUCUCCAAUGGACAGUCUUCUAUCUUGGCAAAGUGGAGCUAAAAACAUUUUGAACAACUUUAAAGAAGAUUCAAUAAGUCCAACGAUGUAA